UAAAAUUUUCUUUCAUGAAAAUAGUACUCGGGACAUUCUUGUAAAUAGUUAUAAUAUGUAAAGUUUUUAGAAAAAUGAACUAUUAGUGUUUUUAUGUGAUAACCAUUGUCCUGAUGGAAUCGGAGUCGACGAUUUCUAAAUUAAAUAGUUAUAAACAACUAGUUGAUGAAAAUGAUUUAAACGAUUUUCUUGACUAUUUGAUUUCUCAAAAAAUUAUUAAAGAAGCUGAUUACUUUAGAAUUUACAAUUGCAAUAGCCCAGAAAAUAAAUUACAUGAAAUAUAUACAAUCAUAGAUUCUAACGAUACAAAUACUUUGCAAAAAGUUUUCACUUACUUGGAUAUAUUAUAUCCAAAGAAUAAAAAACUUAGGGAAGAUGAGGAAAAUUUUCGAAUUUCUUCUGUACGAGGAGGAUUUCCAAAAUUGCCCCCAAAUUAUGUUACAAGGAGAUCACUUGUAGAAGACCUUAAAAGUAAAUUACUAGGUUUACAAUGGGACAAAAAGGUGGUUGUUCAUGGUAUGAUGGGUUAUGGAAAAUCUUGUUUAGUAAACGAAGUUUUAAAUGACCCAACUGUACGAAAACGUUUUGACAACCUGCUCUUCUGGAUAAAUUUAGGUGAACAUCACAGUGUGGAAACAAUUUUGAAGCCUUUAUGGAGGUUAUAUGCAACAGCAAGUGGUAUUGUAGAUAAUAGAAUAUUUCACUGCCCAGAUGAUGUACAAAAUUUGAGAAACUUGUUAAAAACAUUAUUUUUCGAUUCCAGAUUAAAAGGUGCCCUUUUAAUUCUAGAUGAUGCUUGUAGCGAUGAAGUUCUUUCUUAUUUUAAUAUUGGAUGCAAAACGGUAAUUACUACGCAAAAUAAAAAAAUUCUUCAAAGAGAAGAGUGCCUAUUCGUUGAGGUAAAGACUGGCUUUUCAAGGACUGAAUCUUUAGAGUUAUUUAAGAAAUCAAUAAAAACUAACAACGAUUUGCCAACGACCGCUGAAGAAGUUCAUGAAAUUUGUAAGGGUCAUCCAAUGCUAAUAGCUCUCAUAGGAUCAUAUUUAGGCGAGAACGUAGAGCUUGUUUUAAAUAAUGGUAGUGGAAUUUGGCAGUUCAUAAAAGUAAUGGUUCUGCGUGGCGAAUACAACUUAAAUGAAUACGACACCUAUACAGAAAUUCCCACAGAAAAAAUUAAAAAAUGUGUUGAAAAAUUGUUGUUGAAUGGUUUAAAAGACUUUUAUCAAGACUUUGCUAUAUUUAUGCCAGAUGUAAAUAUCCCGCCCGAGGUCCUAGAAAUAUUGUGGAAUAAAAACCGUUUCGAAGUGAUUAACAUAAUGAACAAAUUUGCAGAGAAAUCUCUUGUGGUGCCCUUUUACCAUAACGAUCUCAGAACUUACAUCUAUGGCAUUCAUGACAUAUAUCUAAACUACCUCAAAGAUGUUACUAAAGAAAGGACUGUUAGCUUGCACAAAAAAUUGAUCUCUGGUUAUGACAAAGUAACCCAAGGAAAUUAUGCCGCUUUACCAAAUGAUAAUUAUACAUUACAAUUUAUAGGUUACCAUCUUUAUCAUGCUGAGGCAUUUCAGAAAUUUGACAUAUAUUUUAAUCUUAAGUUUCUGGAGGCCAAAAUAAAGGCAGUUGGUAAAGAAGACGUUUUGAAGGAUAUGAUUAAAUAUGAGAUUUGUAUUACCAAAAAUGAAAAUAUGUUAAAAGAAAAACUUAAACACUACAAAGAUUUUAUAAGUCGGUGUGGAAGUAGCUUGUAUAGUUAUGAAAAAACAGACAUUAUCCAGUUUGCUUUGAGGGAAAAGAAAGAAAGUUAUAUAUUUAAAGAGGCUUUAACAUUGGCAGAAAAUUCCCCAAACUUAUACUUUCAGUUGCAAAGACCAGCGGAUGAUUUGGAAUAUUCUACCAUAAAUAUAAAAGACGACAUUACGUGUGCUUGCUAUGUAGAUUCCCCUCAACACAUUUUAAUUGGUACAUCAAGUGGAAAAAUCAAGUUAUUCUUUGAAGAUUACGAUAAAGAAAUAUCUAGUUUCAUAGGUCAUGAAGGCUACAUAAAAAAAAUAAUUAUAAGUCCAGAUAAACGCUACUUUUUAUCUGUUUCUAUAGAUGGCACAGUUAUUGUGUGGAAAUUUGCAUUAGACAGUGCGAGAAAUAGUCAUGAUUUUUCUAAUCAAGCUUCAGCUUCUCCUAAAACUCAACAGAAAUUAUGGCAAGAUGUGUUCACUCCCGAUAGAGGUAAAGUGAAGCCAACGAAAGUAUUUAAAAUAAAUGAACCAGAUAAUUUUUUGGUAUCUGCGACAUUUUGCGAACAGUUCCCGGAAAUUUACAGAAUAGCCACUGGGAGUCACAGGGGCAGUGUAAUUAUUUGGGAUGCUCAUACUGGAGAAGAGCUAUGUAAAACAGGCUAUCAAGGUUAUAGUAUUUCCUGUAUCAUCUAUCAGGAAAGUGACAUUGCGAGGAGAAUAAUUUUUUCGUAUGAAGAUAGCAUCGCCACAUUUAAAAUCAAUCACUCUCUUGAAUACAUUCAAACUUUACACAACUGCGAUGUAUGUGAAUCUAUUUUUGCCAUUGACAACAAAAUCAUUGCGGUUAGCGACACGAAUAUCACUUUUUGGGAGAGGAAUAAAUCUCAAAAAUUAUUUGAAAAGGUUGAUGUGAACAAACAGCACUUAUGCUCAACACUUACGGAUGAUUCUAAUUACUUAAUAGUUGGUACAAAUAGAAAUACUGUGUUCAUAUUAGACAUCGAAGAGAAUAAAAUGGUUAGAGAAUUUAAAAGUAAAGGGCUAGCUAAAUCAUUAGAUACUUUUUAUGAUGAAGAUAGGUCCGUCCAUAUACUGCUUAUAGGAUCAGAUCAAAAGAGUCUGCAGCAGUGCCACAUUUUACCAUCCGAAAAUGAACCGCACAUUGUGACCGCCCCUAAGUUCAUCCCUUUCUGGAAGAAAAAACACCCUCUCACUGCUCUGGUCAGUAAGUACAAUCAAAUCCAGGUGUUCAACGGUUAUAUUCAGUUUUCGGAAACCGACAAGAUUGAGUCGACGGUAACUUGUACCUGUUUUUCUUCAUGUGGACAAUUUGUAAUAUACGGCUUAGAAAAUGGGGAAGUACACAUCUUUAACAUGCGGUCCAAGAAAACUUUACGUUUGGAGAUCGACAAAAAUAAUCGGGGACCUAUUACUUACCUCGAUUGCUACAAACCGAAUAACCUUCGCCACCAGAGUAUCAGUUCUUAUGAAAGCGGCGAUAGUUUGAAUUUAAAUUUCUCAUUUGAGGGAAUAAUUAUCUCCGUAUCUAGGAAUGAGCUUAUAACAGUAUAUAAUAGUGGUACCGUCUUUACUCAGAAAGUAAAGAAUCCCUUGAUAUUUUACUAUGAAGAUAAUAUGAUUGUGGUAGAUGCAAGAUGUAAAAUUUAUCUUUGGAAUUUAAAUACUACUUCAUUUACGCCAUUAGAAAAUCCUGCUAUAUUUGAGUUGGUGACGGUUUCUAAAGCUACGUUCUGUCCUGAAAAGUUCAUUUUAGCAGUGGUUUAUAAGCAGAUGGAUUGGAAUUUCCUCGAUAUAUAUGAAUUUACGGAAGUAGAAAAAUCUGUUUUGUUAUUAAAACGUUUGGAUUUUGCAGACGAGGUAAAAUCGUGUUGUUUUUCUUGUGAUGGAUCUCUCUUAGCACUUGGUAUGUCAUCUGGUGAUAUUAAGAUAUGGAAUUUGAAUCAAAAGUUUAAAUCUCUAACACUGCCAUUACAUAAUUGUCCUGUAGAAGAUUUACUUUUUUCUCCUAGUAUUCAACCACCAGUUUUGGUAAGCCUAGGAGAAUAUAUAGCUUGGUGGAACCUAAAACUGUUUCAAGAGGAACCAUUUAGAAAAGGACGGCCAAAGAGUAUCGACAUUCUGGAUAAUAUCUCAGAGGAUUUGUCAUCAAUGAAUAUAUCACAUUGGGCAGACAGGGAAUGUGUGAAAGGUUCAAAAUAUCUCUUGAGUUGUUUAAAAUUAAAUGGUUGUGCCAAAUAUUUAUCAGCUUCGAAAGAUUUCAAUACGUUCCUCACCGUUGAUGAUAAAGGGAAAAUAUAUGUGAUGGAAACUGUUUCAUCAAACAAAUAAAUUGCCGUUGUGCAAUAGACGUCCGCCAAGUGCAAUAGCAAUUAGACAAUUGCUCAAAGGUCCUUAACCUAGCUCAAUAAAUUAGGUUAAGUUGAAGACUUUCUAGUCUUUGUGAUGACAUAUCGUGAUUUUUUAUACAUAUUAAAUUUGUAUCUACGAUUUUUUAUAA